AUGCUUUCUCGUAAACGCCUAGUGUUUUACUUAUUCAUACUCAUCGUUCUAUAUCAAUUAGUCUCUAAUAUGCUGACUCAUACGGCCUCUAAGCAAGUAAUUGUUGUUGGAAGUGGUCUUGCAGGUUUGAGUGCUGCACACUCUGUGCUUCAGAAUGGUCAGAAGGUAAUCAUGUUGGAGAUGAUGCCUAAGUAUGGUGGUAAUUCUGCAAAGGCCUCAUCCGGUAUCAAUGGUGCUCCUACCAGAUACCAACCCGUCAAAGAUGACCUGUUUUAUUCGGAUACUCUGAGGUCUUCUGGUGUUAUAUACCAGAACUCCGAUUCUCAAUUAAAAAAAGAAAGAGAAACCUUGAUGAAGACUUUAGUGGACAAUUCACAGUCUGCCGUUUAUUGGCUUACAGACCAUUUUGGUAUUGAUUUAGCUGCCGUGACCCAGUUGGGUGGUCAUUCUGUACCAAGAACUCACCGUGGUACGGGCAAAAUACCUCCUGGUUUUGCUAUUGUGUCUGAAUUAUGGAAGCAGUUGGAGGAGAAAUACGCAAAUCUGGCUACACUACGUACCAGCUGUCGUGUCACCAAGUUGAUUACCGAUUCUCAAGGUGUAGUCGGGGUAGAAUUCGAAGAUCUGGAUAAGAAACAUUCUGAAAAACUCUUUGGACCUGUUAUAUUUGCUGUCGGUGGAUUUGCAGGUGAUACUACAGGUCUCGUGACCAAAUACAGACCCGAUUUGGCCAAAUUUCCUUCUACGAAUUCAGAAAGACCUCAAUCUAUCGGGAUUUUAGAGGCCAUUGGUGGUAAAUUGAUGGAUAUGGAGUCAAUACAAGUUCAUCCCACAGGAUUUGUUGAUCCCGAAGACCUCUUUUCCAGAAACAAGUUUUUAGCUGCAGAGAUGUUACGAGGUGAAGGUGGAAUUUUAUUAAAUUCCCUGGGUGACCGAUUUGCCAAUGAGAUGCAGAGAAGAGAUCAAUUGACUGAAGCCGUUAUGAAAAGCUGCGAUGAAGAACUUAACGAUGAGAUCCGUCAAUGGAAAGUUUGGUUAGUUUUGGAUGAAGGAUCCACAAAAAAUAUAGGCAGUAACAUUGGGUUCUAUCAAUUUAAAAAGUUGGUGGCUAAAAAGAAGAUUAGUGAGUGGAAGCAAGAGAUUCCUAACAUCAAGGAGAGCGUUAAGAGGUACGCACAAAUGGUUCAAGAUGAGAAAGAUACAGAUUACGGGAGAAUUUCGCUAGGUAAAUGGACAUUGAAACCCGAGGAAGUCACCGAUGAUACAGAGUUGAUUGCCGGAAGAGUAACUCCGGUUCUACACUUUACUAUGGGAGGUGUAAAGAUCAAUCCAGAAGCACAGUUCCUUAACAUAGAUGAUCAGCCUAUUAAUGGUAUCUGGGGAGCUGGGGAGAUCACCUCGGGAGUUCACUCGAGCAACAGAUUAGGCGGUUCGUCGUUGUUAGAGUGUGUCGUUUUUGGUAGAAUUGCUGGAGAUCAUGCAGCCAAGUAUUUAGCACAAAGUCAUAUUUAG